AUGGCCGCGGGGGUUAUCAGGAAUUUCCUCGUCCGAACUCCAGCUUCGCGUUACUGUCCGACAGCACUCCGGCGGUCUCCAUCUGAGCAGGAAGCAAAAGAGAGGCGAGAGGCGAUGAAGGAAGAACCCAAGUACAGGGAAGACGAGGUAGGAAGAGCGGAACAGGAGGAGGAGGAGGAGGAGGAGGAGGAGGAGGAUGACUACGGUGAGUCUGAGGAAGAGGAGGAUGAGGAUGAUGAGGAGGUCCUUCGUCCUGGCUGCCACCCCGUCGACGUGACCAAGCAGCUGCUGAGGUUCGCGGACGUCAUCAGCCGGGAUGUCCAGCGCUACUUUGGCCGCCGUCCUCAUGACCGAGACGCCUGUGACAUCUACAACGACACCGUCUCGGUAACAACCGGUGGGCGCCUGCGUUACUAUGACGACCUAAUGAAGAUCGCGAGAACAGGAAGUCCGGAAGACCAAGAGAACGCCUCCGUCCUUUGCGGCACCAGUCAAGGCACCACAGGUCCUAGAGACGACAGCAGUCUCGGGCCCCUCGCUGAACUGUUUAACCUCACGGCGCAGACUCGGGGCCACAGCCGACCGAUGGUCAAACGGCAUCUGCCUCUUAGUUUCUGGACUGAGCCCAUCCCCUGCUCCUCUCUGCUCACGCUCGGCAACAACCCCGGCGAGGCGCACGCAAACGAGGAAACCCUCUCGCGUGACGGGGCGUACGUGAAACCAAACACACACCAGCACUACAACCCACACUUGCACCCGCACCCAAACACACACACGUUCGACAACACCCACCCCGACUUCAGCGACUUACUGGCAAACUGGGAUCCCAACCCCGAACUCACUCACACCCUGACAGAAGGUCACCCCGAGCACCCCUAG